AUGCUCACAUAUCAUAAAUGCCCUCUAUAGGAAGAAAAGUGCAAUUCUGAUUUUAUCUCUUUCAGUAACAAGCAGUUUUACAAGAUGUCUCUCGUAAUUCCGGAAAAAUUUCAACAUAUUCUUCGUGUCAUGGGCACAAAUAUUGAUGGUAAUAGAAAAGUUAUGUUUGCUAUGACAGCAAUUAAAGGUGUUGGUCGUCGUUAUGCUAAUAUAGUUUUAAAGAAAGCUGACAUUGAUUUAGAUAAGCGUGCUGGAGAAUGUUCAGAAGAAGAAGUUGAAAAAAUUGUUACAAUUAUGGCUAAUCCUAGACAAUAUAAGAUUCCUGAUUGGUUUUUGAAUAGGCAAAAAGAUAUUGUAGAUGGUAAAUAUUCACAGCUCACUAGUUCUUAUCUGGAUUCAAAACUUCGUGAAGAUUUGGAACGAAUGAAGAAAAUUCGUGCUCAUAGAGGUUUGCGCCAUUAUUGGGGUUUGCGUGUACGUGGUCAACAUACAAAAACUACAGGUCGUCGUGGACGUACUGUGGGUGUAUCAAAAAAGAAGUAAUUUUAUAUUUUUUUGAUUAUCAAUAAAUUAAUAAAAUAA